GUUUCUUAUUCAGAAAUGGCAGGUGACAAGACUGGUAAAUGAAGGCUGAUUUGUUAUAGAAGAUAAAUUCGAAUGGCACUGUGUAUAGUGGAAUCACUUUCCCUUUACUAACGAGUACCUAGUAGCAUACAUCUGAGAAUAUGGAUGCUGCCACUGAAUCAGAACUUAUAGAAAAAUUAGUGAAAGAAGCUGAAACUUUGAAAGUACGCUUAGAGGAAGAACGACAGAAGUUAAAUGAUAUUACACUUGCCAGUGUUGCGGAUAGGCUUGAAGCAAUCAGUUGUAUCAAUGUGAAACCACGUCGUGUUUUAAAGGGCCAUCAAGCAAAAGUUCUUUGUUCUGAUUGGUCACCUGAUAAACGACAUAUUGUUUCCUCUUCACAGGAUGGCAAAAUGAUAAUAUGGGAUGCAUUUACAACAAACAAAGAACAUGCCCUUACUAUGCCAACAAUCUGGGUUAUGGCUUGUGCUUAUGCUCCAAGUGGUGCUCUCGUUGCAUGCGGAGGACUAGAUAAUAAAGUUACUGUAUAUCCUCUAAGUCAGGAAGACGAUGUAUCGACUCGCAAAAAAACCGUUGCUACGCACACAUCUUAUAUGUCAUGUUGUGUAUUUCCUAAUAGCGAUCAACAAAUUUUAACUGGUAGCGGAGAUAGCACGUGCGCUUUAUGGGAUGUAGAGAGCGGACAAUUAUUGCAGAGCUUUCUCAGGCAUUCCAGUGACGUUAUGUCUAUCGAUUUAGCGCCAAGUGAAACUGGUAACACAUUCGUUUCCGGUAGUUGCGAUAAAAUGGUUCUAAUAUGGGAUAUGCGCACCGGUCAAUGUGUUCAAAGUUUCGAAGGACAUCAUUCUGAUGUUAACUCUGUAAAAUUUCAUCCUGGUGGUGAUGCAGUCGCAACCGGUUCUGACGACGCAACCUGUCGUCUUUUUGAUUUACGCGCGGAUAGAGAAAUAGCCGUUUACGCAAAAGAAAGUAUAAUAUUUGGAGCAAACGCUGUUGACUUAAGUGUCAGUGGACGCCUACUGUUUGCCGGUUAUAAUGAUUACACUGUAAAUAUAUGGGAUACUCUGAAAUGCCAAAGAGUUGCAUUUUUGUAUGGGCAUGAAAAUCGAGUAUCUUGUUUACGAGUUUCUCCGGAUGGAACUGCCCUUUCAACUGGAAGCUGGGAUUCAACUCUACGAGUUUGGGCUUAG